AGAAGAAGAAGAAGAAGAAGAAGAAGAUAAACAAUACCGGCUGGCAUCCCUCACGCAAUCUCGUCGCCGCCACACGAAGCUCGACAAGCUAUACAACCAAAUAAUCGAGCAAGGGCCUGUUGACGACCCGGAUCAGACCGCGAACGUCGGAAAGCCUCUUCAUACCAACCCUACCUACUUACACUCGGCGCAAUGUCGGACGCAACCCCGACUUUCUCGGGGCCACGCCCGGUUUUUACAGGCCCCCCGCCACCGGGCUGGGUGGAAGAGGAUGGGAGGAUUAUACCUUUUUGGUGGAGUCGCACGGGCUACAUCAUCAAGUGGUCGCUCCUCCUCGGCAUCUUCAUCGCCUUCUCCCUGUACAUCGUAAUAGGGUACUGGCACGCAAAGAAGCGCCUGAGCAAAGGGCAGAUUCCGCUAGCCUACCACAGAUGGCUCGUCAGCAGGUCACAGCUUGCCCGGGUCGACCCCAGAUACGCCUACCCACAGCCGGCGGGCUACACCACGUACCGACCCGACUACUACGGCAUGAAUGCGAUGCCGCCACCGCCCGUGUACGACCCUUCGCGUCCGCCCGUAUACGACGGCCCGCCGGGCGGCACCAAGGUCGACCCGGCCCAGACAAGCCAACAGCCCCAGGCACAGCCGCCGCCGCCGCCACCACAGGAGACUGGUAUCGCAGGCCCCCAAGUGCCGCCCCCGACAGUGAUGGCCAACCAUACCGGCUCGAGCAACAACCCGUUCCGCCGUUGAAGAGCCUGAAAUAACCCUGGAGUUCUGGAUCGAUGGAUUAUGCGAGGGUUUGGGUCGGGAGCGUCUGAAACCGCGACGGCGCUCCAUGGGAGAACUGGAACGGCGUAAAAGGGGCGGGCUCGCAGCUUGGUUAGAUGGGGGCGUCGAACGCUCACCACCUCGUGCCUAAUUGGUAUUAUUACUACUGCAGGGGGUUUCGUCACGGGUAUACGAUACGGGGGGGCCCAAAGUAGCCAAUAAGAUUAUUUAUUUCGUUGCCUGAAACAAAUGACACGCUCAUGUUUGGGUAUCUUUCGAGGAUCAUGAAGAAGAAGGAGAGGCCCGAGACCGGAGACGCAAAGGCGAAACGAGGGAAGGAGGGAUGGCGGCGGGGGCACUCAAUCAAUGUCCAUUGCGUCGCAAUCAUCCCCGCUG